CAGGCAAACAGUGAUGACCCUCCGUAUCUGACAGUGGGGACUGAGGUGAGUGCCAAGUACAGGGGAGCCUUCUGUGAAGCCACCAUCAAAGUCGCCAAGAAGAUGGUCAAAUGCAAGGUUAGCUCUCGUCGUGCACGCUUUCUCUCUUCCUUCUUCUUCCCGCUCUCUCUCUCUUCUCUCCUUCCCCAUACUUCCUCUCCAACACACAUCUUUUGACAUACGGUAUGUCGGGUCACUGGUACAGAGCUCACACUAUACAGUGACCUUUGUGAUGAGGUAUGUCCAUGUGUAGGCUCAGUUUAUUCUCUCUCUAUCCCUUUGAUCAUUAUUGGUAUACAGGUUUGUUGUGUGGUGUGAUAAGUAUAUAGACUGGUAUAUGUCCUCAUCAAUCAGGUGGUCCAGCUAGCAUAGCGGUCUUAAACUGACAAGGGGCAAGCAAUAGAAGCCCUCAUUUCAGAUAAAAACACUUGAUACUCUGCGAUAUCAGAAUUCUGUGUCUCUCAUUAUUUUCUCAUCUUUGUGUGUUCUCCGUUCUCCGUUCGAAUCUAUUACUGUUUGCAGGUGUCCUAUGGAAAAGGUCACAGUGCAAUGGUCGGCGGCGAUUGCAUACAAGGAACACUAAAGGUUGGAGCACAUGUGGAUGUAACACAGCCAGAUGGACAAGUGCUGACAGCAAACAUCGUAAAACUCACUGACCAGAGCACCUAUACUGUUGUGUUUGAUGAUGGCGAUGAGAGGACUCUCAAGAGAUCCUCCCUCUGCCUCAAGGGAGGACGCCACUUUGACAAGAGCGAGAGUCUUGAUAAUUUGCCUCUGACAGAUCCCGAGCAUUUUGGAGCUCCGGCAAUUUUGCCCAAGAAGCCCCGAAGGAGAGCUGCCAGGCCAAACUACGCCCAGGCAGCAGUCAACGGAGACGAUGAGGAAGAGGAGGAAGGAGACGGGGAGAGGAAAGGUUGCACCUACCCUCCCGAGUUUCCGGUCGGGAAGACGGUCUUCUUGGAGAACGACAGGAGGCGGGCAGGCUGGAUACCUGCUGUGAUUGUUCCGGCUCACUAUGUUCUGGAGGAGAGCGACAGGAAACCAAAUACGAUAUGUCUUCGCUCCUUCAAAGACGGACGAUUUUUUGCGGUGACAAAGAACGAACUCCACGAGUUUUCACCUCACAAGGAACCUCUCCUCAGCAUGUUGGACGGAGAGAUACAGCCAAUGUACAUGUGCAAACCAGCCAUAGAGCGAGCCAUGGCCUACCUCGACACCGGUGAACUGCCCUGGGACAUGGACCUUUUUCACGGACAGACGGAAAAGGAAAGACGAGAGCAACGGGUGGGCGGGGCCACCGGUGGGACCACACCCACCAUUGCGGCUGGCUCGGCGGCAAGUCCACAGGCGAAAGAAGAGGCAAGCGAGCAACGAGGGACGGACCGACACGUCUUCAUGGACCAACUGAGGAAAUAUCAUGAGAACAGAGGGACUCCUCUGAACAGGACCCCUAUCCUGGCCCAGAAGGACCUCGACCUGUACAGACUGUAUCACCUGGUACAGGAGAACGGGGGAAUGGAGUCUGUGACUCGUGAGAUGAAAUGGCGCUCCCUCUACCUUCAGCUGGGGAUUCCCCUCAGUACCAACGCCUCACACGCCCUCAAACAGGCAUACAGGAAAUAUCUCUAUGGGUUUGAGUGCUACGGGAAGAGCAAAGGGAGGGUGAACGGGCCAAAGGAUUCGCCGGGCAGGGGAGAAAGAGGGGCCCGCUCUCGGUCCUGCCAGAGACGGAGGGAGAGGGGGGAGGGGCUGGGAAACUGCGGAGGAUCGGGAGCUCCGAGGAGGUCCAGGUGAAGUCGGAGCCCGGGGAGCCAAGGGCAACGAGACUCUCGAAACAGACGAAAGAGGAGCCGUCGUGGAGGGAUGCAAGGCCUCCUUCACGCGACGUUCCUUCUUCUCUCUUCCCCUCCUCUCCCUUGUCUUCAGUCAGAGACGGAACGGUGGGAGGGAGGGACGCGCGACCAUCACCAGAAGCAGCUGUAGUGACCCCGGGAGGAGGGAGAGGAGCUUCCUUCUCGAGAGAUGAUAUGACAGAGAAAGCCAGCUCUCCGUCGACUGGCCUGGGGGUCUCAGAGUGCAAAUCGGAGCCGUCUGACCACGAGUCGUAUCCGGGGGACACCACUAGCAGUACGACUGGUGAAGAGGGGGAGGAGAUGGGCGGGAGAGGGGACACCUGGGCCCAGAGGGAGCCCCAGAAAUUUGCGGAGAACGACCGAGUGCUUGUUUGGUACGGGAACGGGAAGAACAUGGAGACUUACGAGGCGAAAGUCAUCGGCAUGGAGGAGAGCGAGGAGAGGAGGGACUACCUCGUCCACUAUAGCGGGUGGAACAACAGGUACAACGAGUGGGUGGAGGAGUCACGAAUUCUGAGAAAAGUCACAAAUCCUACGAAGCAUGCUCGACCACCAUACAAGAAGAAAAAGGCAAAGAUGGUGAGUUCUGAGAAGAGGAAGGGAGCGAAGGAGAGCAGAGGAGAGGGAGGGAGGGGAGGACCGGCUGAACAGCUCUUCUCUUAUGUGGCAACAGCCGAGGAGAGAGUUCCUCCGCCCCCUGCCACACCCACUCCACCCGAGAUUCCGGGCGGAGUCGGAGGUCAGCUGGGUCCACCUCCGCGCCCUCCGAGACCUCCGUCGUCCAAACGGAGGAGAUUCAGCGAUCAUCUUCGUCAAGAUUCGUCUUCUCCCUCACCUCCCCAAGUGCACAACCAUCACCACCAGCACAACAAUCACCGCUCUCCCUCUCCCUCCCUCGAUACCCACCCAACCAUCGUCCACACUUCUCCACCUCCUCCCCUCCCUCCCACAUCACACCCCAUCUCCUCCUCAUCGACCACACUUGCUGACCACCGUCACACCUUCCCCGCUGUCACACAGACACUCGUACCACCUCAGGUCGAAAACUCUGUCCUAAACGGCGGAUGCCCUGACGAAAUGGGCAUGGGUUGUGCAAUCGAGGUCAAGAAAGAGGUGAACUAUAGAUUUCUUCCUUCUCCAAAUGCGACAGACAAUUCCCACACUUCUCUUCUCUGUCCAGAGAUGCUUCUCGGCUCCUCAAGAUUGAAACCCAUUGUGGCUGGAGACGCGGACACGACCACGAUUACGAAACUGGGCGACAACACAGAGCAGUCCACGACACGACGUCAAAUUCUAAUUCAGAGAGCACCGAAUCCAGCACCGACGAGGAGGCGAAAUCACCCUCUCCCUCCACUGCUGUCCCCGAUUCGGUCCCCGCCAGAUGAUGUGUGGAGUUCCCCUGCCACUACUCAGAUACGACCGGAACUAGACGACGCGUCCCCGGGUGAGGAUGACGAAGAUGAGGGAAAGACGGAGGCAGAGAAAUCGGGGGACGAGAAGUCGUCGGUUGUGAGCAGCGAGAAGGAGCCGUCGCCUGUCUCUUCGACCCCGGUGUGUCAGUCAAAGGAGGUGGGGGGAGAGAGGGUCGGUGAGAGGAGCAGGGAGAGGAGGAAGAGAGUUAGAGAGACAGACGAGGAGUACGCCAUGCGGAGAAUGGCCAGGAGAGAGAGCCUCAAGUUUGUCGUCGAUUUCUCGAUGCGGCCGGAGAUGAAGUGCGGGGAGAGAGUGCGACUAAUAGAGGAGCAUAUUCGCCUCAUCCAGCAGAAAUGGUCCGACCUCAAGUCAGAGGUCGCACAGAUGGACAGGCGGAGAAGACGCACCCGGCGAAAGGAGAGAGAAGCUGCCCGUAUCUUAGCUCAAGCCCACCAGUUUCACCAGUCGGCCGCCACACAAACCACUUCUUCAACUCCUCCAGUUGAAUGUCACUGACCCUCCCUCCCUCUCCCUCCAUCCCACCAUUAUAUUAUGUAUAUGUACACAUGGACAAACAAUGCUCAAGAACUGUUCAUAUCUAUAUAUAUAUAUCGCACCAUUAGCUGCAGCCAUUUCCAGUGACUGGCUAUACUUUUGUGUCUUUUUAUCGUAACACCACAGACCCUCACCUCUGCUGGCUCUGCCGUACAGAGAGAAAAUUCUACUUUGUGUAGUUUUAAUACAAGACGUGUGUACAUUCAUAUAAUUUAAUGUCCAUAAGAAAUUGCA